UGGUGGUGUAAUAUUUCGCUGUGAAAUAGAUCAGUCACCCUGUAAUUUUUUACCUAACAAUUAACUACUGAUUUUGUAUAUUCCAUUUGCUAACUUGAUGUAUAUGUAUGACACAUUUAUAGGCUGACUGGAUACAUCUGUAAAUCUUGAUUUAAUUUUCUGACAAGCCACGUUAUAAUUAGAGAUCCAUGUGUUGUGUGUAGGCUAGUGCUAACUCACUCUGCUAGUGCUAGCUAGUGCCUCGUCUGUGCUAGACUUUCUAAUAGUCGUAGCUAGCUAGAGCGAGUAAUAACGUUGUCUGGGAGCAAUACAAACACAGUUAAAUCAAAAUGGAGGAGCGUGUCGUGCAGGACAGUCUACCUCCUGGCCAAGGGGAAGUUCUUGGCAUCCAGUCUGUCACUCAAACUCAGGCAGACAAGUUCACCAAUGCCUUUCUGAAGAACAGUCUUCCAGGGAAGAAUCAGGAGCAGAUUGAAGAAUACAUGAAUCACAAAGCAGUGGUUUUAGAGCACCGAAAACAAAAGACUCCGAGGAUAAAAACGAAGAAAGCUAAGGGGCUCAAUGCCAGACAGAGGAGAGAGAUGAAAGUCUUUCAGCUAAAGCCAGAACAUCAGAAAUAUCUACUUUUCAUGCCUCUCCAUGGGCUAUGGAAACAGUAUAUUGUAGACCUGUGCAAUGGAUUAAAACCAAAUAGCAACCCACAGUUAAUUCAGCAAAGGCUUUUGAAGGCUGACUUUCACGGGGCCAUCAUGACAGUGGUUCGGUCCAAGUGUCCAUCCUACGUUGGCACCUCUGGGAUCCUGGUUCAGGAGCUCAAGCAUGUUUUCAAAAUCAUCACUAAAGAAGACCGACUGAAAGUUAUACCCAAGAGGAACAGUGUGUUUGCAGUGGAGAUCAAUGGCUUUGUCUCCCACAUCUAUGGCAGCAAGUUUGAACUUCGCUCCAGUCAACGCUCUGCUAAGAAGUUCAAAGUUAAAGGAACUAUAGACUUGUGAUGGAGAAAAUAAAGUACUUCCAAGGACAGCUUGACACAAAUUCUUCAAUUUAUAGAAGGAAAAAGACGAGGCAUGCUUUCUUCUCAGGGCUGUUGUUCUUGAUCUCAGGGUGGUGACCCUGCAUCAUAUCAGGGACAGCUAGUAAGACUUUAUGGCCUGUCACAUACACCCUAGUUCCAAUAUUGAAGUUUUUUUAUUUAUUUUAUUAUUUAAACCAAUAUACCAGGUCAAAACUUCUCCCCAGCCAAAGGUUUUCUUCAUUGUCAGUGUGGAGCCUUUUUGUUGAAAUGUAAUAUUUUGUCCACAAGGGGUUGAUGCAGACACCCAUAUCACACAAAUCACAGAUGUCCUUGUCUUAUGCUGUAUGUGAAUACAACAAUAAAGCAUCAAAUACUCAAU